CUCUGAACACAAAGCCUCCUAGGCUCUGAUCCUUCCCUGCCUCAUCCAUGGAAACCUUAGCCUCUACCUUCCCUAUUUUCACCGCAAAUCCAAAUUUUCAUACCACCAAACCCUCAAAACCCUCUAAAGUUUCUGUUUCAAUCAAGCCUCCACCGCCGGACUUCGACUUCAGAGCCCAAAUUCUCGAAGACUCUCGAGCCACAAUCGCUCAAACCCAUCCUCAACUGCUUGACUUGGCCGAUAAUGGCAGUUUAGUUGUGAUCGAAAAGAGGCUCUUCGGCCCCGUGCCUGCCUGGAGGACCGAGUUCGUGGAGCCGGAAGAGAUUUGGUUGCUCGGAACCACGCAUAUUUCGAGCUUCUCGGCUGCGGAUGUGGAGCGCGUCGUGGAGGUGGUGAAUCCUGAUAAUGUGGUGGUGGAGCUCUGUAGAAGCAGGCAAGUGCCGUCUUUGGUUAAUGGAGCUGGUAUAAUGUAUACUUCCAAUCAUGGAGAGCUUAACCAACAAUUAAGGUCGAGUAUGUUCUCUUUGACUGGGACUGGAUUUUUUGGUGCCAUUGGUCGUAGCAUAAACUUGGGGGGUCAAACUGCUCUUGCAUUACGUCUUCUUUUGGCAGUUUUUUCUUCAAAAAUCUCUUCAGAUGUCAACCGCCCUUUUGGAGAUGAGUUCCGUGCUGCUCGAAAAGCAUCAGAAAAAGUUGGUGCUCAAAUAGUUUUGGGGGAUCGACCAAUUGAAAUUACUCUUGAGAGGGCUUGGAAUUCUUUGGAAUGGAAUGAGAGACUAAGCCUAGUGAUCUCUGUUAUUCGUGGAAUAACAUCAUCUGAACUGUCAACAAACGAGAUGAAGGGAUUGAGUACAGACGACAGCACCUUUCAGCUCUAUGAUCAGUUAAGCGUGGCAUAUCCAUCGCUUCUGCAGCCUCUUAUACAUGAGCGUGACACGUAUCUUGCAUGGUCUUUGAAGCGGAGCAAAGCCGUGAAUGGCGGUAAGAGAGUUGUGGGGGUCAUCGGAAAGGGCCAUAUGAACGGAGUCAUAUAUGCUCUAGUGUCAGAUCAAGGGAACUUGCGGUUUCGGGACCUUGUGGGAAAGAGGUCAUCUGGUGAUGGUGCUAAUGGCUGGGUUGAUUCCCUUCUCAAGAACUUGGUUAGGGAUACUGUAAUUGGUAUCCUGUUGUGGGCAUUAUUUGAACAGAUAAAAACCGUGUUAUAAGGUAUAAGAAUCCUGAUUUGGAUGAAAAAUUGAAGGACUCUCCAUUGUUGAUGUUGGUUUAUUCUCUAAACAAUCCCUUUUUUCUUAUACCUAAAUUUGAAGAAAUGAAAUAGUUUUACACAUUGAAUCCA